CAAUGAAGAUUUUUUCUCUUUAUAAAUAGAUGUACAAAUUUUAAACAACAACCACAAUGAAUAAUAUAUCAGGACAAUUUCGUAAAACAAUAUGGGAUCCUUUCCUUAUAAUAUCCCAAAUAAUAGCUGUUCAGUCGAUCAUGUAUUUCUGUCUUGCACUAUGGAUUUGGAUUAUUGCUUCAUUCCUUGGAUCAACAAAGUCAUUAGAUUAUGCUUUCCAUUAUAAGGAAAUACAUGUUCGAGAUUUUGCUGGUCAACUCACCAUAGUUAUUUUCAUUUUAAAUUCACUAGUCGGUGCGUUUACAUUAUGGUGGUUAGUUCAAAGAACAAAGCAAUGUAUGGAUUUCGCGUGUACAGCACACUUAAUACACUUGUUGUGUUGUUGGGUAUACAAUGCAAGUUUUCCUUCAACUUUCAGUUGGUGGUGUUUAAACAUUGUAUCUCUUAGUAUAAUGUGUGUUUGUGGUGAAUUUCUUUGUAUGAAAACAGAAUUACAAGCAAUACCAUUAGGUAUGAACAGUCAUAAAACAGCUUUGUAACAUAUAUAUGGAAGUUAUUUAAAUGUGAUCACAAAAGUUUCAAGGUUUUAUUCAAUAAAGAUUACCAUUAAAUUGCAAUUAAAAAGUC